AUGUGCAGCAUCGAGGACGCGCCAAACGAAGUUGAUGCAAUCAAAAUUAGACCCAUUACCAAAAAAUGUAUUAAAUGCAAGGCAACUCCAACAAUUUUAAUUCGGCAUUCUACAUAUUGCAAGCCAUGUUUCCAACAUGCUUUUGUUGGCAAAUUUCGUAAAAAUAUGGACAAAUUACGUUCCGCAAAUUCUCAAGGUGAAAAGAUUUUGGUGGGAUUUUCUGGUGGUCCUUCAUCCAGAUCAAUGCUUCAAUUGUUAAGCGAUUAUAAUGAAGUUUUACCAAAUGAAAUAUCCAAGAAACCAUUAUUCUCUGAAGUUUUGGUUUGUCACAUUGAUGAAAGUCCAAUUUUCAAUUUAGAUGACAGUGAUGAUCAUGAUGUGAUUUUAAAUCAAAUUGAGCAAGUUGCUCAAAAUUACAACUAUCCGUUUAUUGGAUUACGCAUAGAUGAUAUAUAUUCUCCUGACUACACUUCUAGUAGUGCAUAUAAUAAAGUUCUUGAAGUCACUUUAGAUAAAUCAAGUCAGCAUGAAAUUGAUGAGCUUAAUGCUAAAAUAUGUAAACAAGAAAUUUCUACAAAAAAAAAAUUACAUUCAUUACUUGAUGAUGUAACAAUCGUGAGGCCAAUGAAAGAUAUGCUAUCUAAAGAAAUCGGUAUAUACAAUAAAUUUCAAGGAUUCGAGACUAUUAUCACAAACUCUCUCACAUCCAUGAUGCCGCAAAAAGCAAGUAUAGAUCGGUUAACUGAAGGUGAAAUUUUCUGUUCUUUUUUCCAAGUGAAUUGUAAUAAGUAA